ACCCCGCCCCGGAAGCGUCGAAGGACCCCGCGCCGGCGGCCUGGGAGGGCUCCGCGCAACCUACUCUUCCGCCUGCGGCGAGGCCAUGUUCGUUCCCUGCGGGGACUCGGUCCCCGACCUCGCGGGAUGCACGCUCCUGAUGCCCGCAGUGUCUGUUGGAAAUGUUGGUCAGCUUGCAAUAGAUCUAAUUAUUUCUACACUGAAUAUGUGUAAGAUCGGUUACUUCUAUACUGAUUGUCUUGUGCCAAUGGUUGGAAACAAUCCAUAUGCAACUGCAGAAGAAAAUUCAACAGAACUCAGUAUAAAUGCUGAAGUGUAUGCAUCGCCUUCAAAGAAACUAGUGGCUCUUCAGUUAAGAUCCAUUUUUAUUAAGUAUAAAUCAAAGUCAUUCUGCGAGAAACUGCUCUCCUGGGUGAAAAGCAGUGACCUUGCCAAAGUCGUCGUUCUUUCGAGCAGUCACUCCUAUCAGCGCAAUGACCUCCAGCUCCGAAGUACUCCUUUCAGGUAUCUGCUUACACCCUCCAUACCAAAAAGUGUUCAAAAUAAAAUACAGAGCCUUAAUUGGGAAGAAAUGGAAAAAAGUCCAUGCAUCCCUGAAAUAGAUGAUUCUGAGUUUUGUGUCCGUGUUCCUGGAGGAGGUAUCACAAAAACACUCUAUGACGAAGGCUGUUCUAAGGUCCCCAUGGCAGUUCUGCUGAAAUUCGUUUCAGAAGGAGACAAUAUCCCAGAUGCAUUAGGUCUCGUUGAGUAUCUUAAUGAGUGGCUUCAGAUAAUCAAACCAUGUUGUGAGGACUCCACAGAGUCAGCCUUGCCGUGGAAAAUGCCCAGUUCUUGGAGACUGCUCUUUGGUAGUGGCCUUCCCCCUGCACUUUUUUGAUCUGUUUUUAGUUUUAUACCUCAUGUCCCAAGACACUUACUACCAAUACAACUGUUAAACAGCUAUAUAAAAAAAAGUUGUAUUGCCUGAGGAUAUAUCAGGAAAUCUCAAAGAGAAGAUUAAUGAAAGAUGGUUUCUGCCAUGAUUUUCAUCAUAUACAACAAAUGUAAAUUUUGUGCAAUAGAGUAUUUCCUAAGUAA